CAUGAGGCCACCAUGAAGCUCUCCAACUUUGCUGUUGGGAGUACUGAUUCAGGAAACCAACUGUAAAGUGCUACCCGAAUAUAAUUUUGAUGCUAGCUUGCAUAGGUUGGAAAACGUUAGAAGGUACAGUCUUCACCCGGAGGCAUCUAUGAAGGAGCAGACGUGGGGGUAGUCAAAGAGAUGGAGAUGGAAAAUGUUCAAGCUGGAGCCCCAGGAAAACCAGAAACAAAACUAGACCCUCAAGAAGAAACACAAGAAAGUGACCCUCGUGAAAACCCUUUACAGGUUCCCUCCGGCAAUGUGGCUCUUCUGCUCCCAGAGUUCUUGGACAGGGCACAGGCCAAGGGGAAGGCGGCCUUUCUCCCUGUGGUGAGCAACACACUCCACACGUCCACUGAGGAGUCUGAGUUCCCACAGAAGGGCAGCGAUGUCCCCAAGUUCCCAGCAAACAUCACGCAUUACAAGAAAGGGAACAUCUCUGGGUCCUCAGCUAAAACCAAGCACAGCAACACCAAGUCCUUGGCAAAAAUUACCCAGGCCAAACAGGGGAACAUCCCCAAGUCCUCAGAGAAAACCAUCCAGUCCAAAGAGGAUGAUGUUCCCACAUCCUCCGAGGGAAUGACUCAGCCCAGAGAGCGUGAUGUCCUCAAGUCCUCAGAGAAAAGCAGCCAGUUCAAGCCGGGGAACAUCCUCAAGUCCUCAGCAAACACCAUCCUCUCCAAGCACAGCAAUAUCCCCAAGUCCUUGGCAAAAAAUACCCAGCCCAAACAGGGGAACAGUCCCAAGUUUUUAGCAAGUACAAUCCACCCCAAGGAUGGUGACAUCUCCAGGUCCUCAGAGGAAACCACCCAGCCCAAGGAUGGUGACAUCCUCAAGUCUUCAGAGGAGACCACCCAGCCCAGAGAGAGCGACAUCUCCAAGUCCUCAGAGGAGACCACCCAGCCCAAGGAAGAUGCUCUCUUAAAGCUCAAAAAAGAAUCAGUGGAGUCCCCUGAGAAGAAUGCGGUGAAAGUGAUCAUGGGCAAGGAGCACUUUGAGGAAGCGCUCAGGGAAGCCAGGGAGAGGCUGGUGGUCAUGGACUUCUCGGCCACGUGGUGUGGGCCCUGCAGGAGCAUCCGGCCGCGUUUCCAUUUCCUGUCUCUGAAGCACAGUGACGUCAUGUUCCUGGAAGUGGACGCCGAUGACUGUGAGGCGCUGGUGAAAGACUGUGAGGUCGUUUGUCUCCCAACCUUUCACUUUUAUGAAAAAGAAGAAAAGGUAGGUGAGCUUUGUGGUGCCCAAAACGCAAAGCUCGAAGCAAUAAUUACAGAAUUAAAGUAAUCAUAUAUUCCGAGAACACUGCAAACUGCAGGUCACAGCUUAUGCUUUUUUUUAAUUUGCAAGAAGGAACAGGUAUAACAAAUUAUGUCUAAAUGACGCAGCUUGUAAAUUGUGAGUGUGAAGACUGGCCUUUGAAAGCACAAUGCAUUGGAGCAUAUUGUGACCAUGAUUCUAUUGAUAGGAGAGAGAGAGAGAUUACAAACUCCUUGGGAGGAGAUCAGAAGUCCUCCUUUCCAUCUUGUUGUUUUUCCAUUUGCCUUUGAAAAUUCUGUUCAUUAAGUGUUUGCAGCAACAAUGGAAAUUUUAAAAAUCCAUCUGUAGCUGU